UUACCCCCCCCCCCCUCCCACGCAGACAUGGAAGUCGGUUGUGUCCGGGCUCAGCCUGCUCUCUCCUCGAGGAUUGACGAGGCGGCGUCGUGCGGACCCCCGGGGCCCGGGCCGCUGCUGGACCCCGAAGAUGUGUACGAGAGCCUGCCCGCUACCGUGUCGGUCAGCACCCACAUGAUGGCCGGCUCGCUGGCCGGGAUCAUGGAGCACUCCAUCAUGUUCCCCAUUGACUCGGUCAAGACACGCAUGCAGAGUUUACUGCCUGACCCGAAGGCACAAUACAAGAAUGUCUUCGAUGGUCUGCUGAAGAUUAUGCACACAGAAGGUUAUUGGAGACCUUUGCGAGGACUGAACGCGAUGGUAUUUGGUGCAGGACCUGCUCACGCUAUGUACUUUUCCAGCUACGAGAAAAUGAAAAGGACAUUAAGUGAUGCCAUCGGCCAGGGUGGCAAUAGUCACUUAGCAAACGGUAUAGCAGGAGGUACAGCGACCUUGAUCCACGAUGCGGUGAUGACUCCGGCUGAAGCUGUCAAACAACGAAUGCAGAUGUUCAAUUCUCCAUACAGAGGGGUUCUGCACUGUAUCCGGGUUGUGCACAAAACAGAAGGGAUCAGCGCGUUUUACCGGAGCUACACAACGCAGCUGACCAUGAAUGUGCCCUUCCAAGCCAUCCACUUCAUGACCUACGAGUUCAUGCAGGAGCAGCUGAAUCCUUGCAGGCUCUAUAACCCCUUGUCUCACAUGCUAUCAGGGGCGCUGGCAGGGGCGGCAGCAGCUGCAGCCACAACUCCACUUGAUGUCUGCAAGACCCUUCUGAACACGCAGGAAAAUCUGAAGCUGGGAAUGCUGAAGACCAAACGUCAGCGCCUCUCGGGCAUGCUCAAUGCCUGUAGGACGGUUUACCAGAUUGGUGGGUUGCCUGCCUACUUCAGGGGUGCGCAGGCACGUGUCAUCUACCAAAUGCCCUCCACUGCCAUUUGUUGGUCAGUCUAUGAAUUCUUCAAGUACUUUAUAACAAAGCAGCAGUCUCCGGACCUGCCAGCCUCAUCUUGAGAGCAGCCCGCUCCCUCCCGUCAGCCUCCAGAUGGGUGGUGUUGUGUGAGAUGCUCCCAUGAUUUUUCCAAGAGAAAGUUCCCAACAGUCUCAGGAUUGUCUGCUGGAUGCCAUCAGUCAUGCAUCUAAACUGCUACAUGCUUCCAAUCUCUGUCAGAUCCUUCCCCAUGUCUUUCACAGGCUAAUGUCAAAGAGCUAACGACAUGAAAGAGGUCGGUUUCAGCUCCGAUCAGAGCUCAAAGCCAAUGUCUAAGUGUCAGGGAAACAGAAAACUGUUGACAAUGGUCUCUUCCUGGAACCCUUCUUUUCUGUGUUGUAGUGCUCGCUGACUAUUUGAAUAAACCUUCUCUCAAAGCAGGGCAGCUCGAGCUGGAUGGUUUCAGAAUCUAGGGGAAUUCCUUGUCUUCAAAAGCUCUUAGUCUGCAUGGCACCUUGUAGAGACUUGCUAGGCUUGUGGGAAACAAAAUCAGACUCUUUUUUUUUUCCCCCUUCCCUGAAUUAAAACACCAGCAGCUCAUUGAGGGAAGCUCUGUUCCCAAAGACAGAUCUUCCACUGCAGGCUGAAAUGAUUCAGCCUUUCUGUCGACCCUCCAAAUGACCCUGCAGCUUGUGAGGUCCUGGCUGAGGACUUCUGUAGAUAGGGAGAGGGAGCUGGUUAGAUUUCUGCUGAAUCAUUGACUGUGCAGUUGGGUGAGUGGGGUGUACUGGGACUUAAUUGAUCCUUCUCUGAAAACUACAGUCAAGAUUUGGGGGAAUGAGAUGAUGGGGUGGGAUGUGGGUGUGGUGGGAAGGGUAAGGUGUGAAAACAAUAUUAGCAAGUGCCUUGUCUGUGAACAUUAUCAAAAAAGGCACGAGAGUGUGUCAGCACUAGGAAAAAGGAAAAAUGAGUUGAGUACUCAUGAUUAUAUCUCCGGUUAUCGAGGAGUCUGCUCUCUGUCUGUUGAAAAAGACAAGGUAAUUUGUAGUAAACAAGUGUGUAUGAUUGAUAUAGAAAGAAAUAGAUAACUUGAAGGAGAGAUUUUUGCCGAGUUUUGGUUUUUAAAUGCAUGUAUCGAGAAGAAACCAAGUAUCAUUCUCAGCAUGCUUUGUUUUAUUUUUAAAUGAAGGUGGGUAGGGGAUGGGGAAGAAACAUGUAAAGGGCCUGAGGGAUUUUUUAUUGUGAUUGACAGGGGUGGGAGGGGAGCACAGAGAGAGACAGUUGCAGUGAUAAUGUUACAAAUGUCCUGGAGACACGGGUUCAGUUCCCACUGUGGCAGCUGGUGCAACCUAAAUCCACUUUACACAGAACUUAAAAGCCAGGCUUAGUCAUCGUUACCUUGAUGGCUAUAAAUAAUUGUCGGAAAAACCCAUCUGGUUCAGUAAUGUCCUUUUGGGAAGGAAAUCUGUCCUGAGCUGCAUGUGACUGCAGACACCAUGGCAAGAUGCUGGAGCCUAAACUUGCCUCUGAAAUGGGCCGGCAGGCCACUCAGUUUAAGGGCAUUUUGGGAUAGGCAAUAAAUACUGGCCUUGCCAACAACUCUCGUCACAUGAAAUAUUUUUGUAAAACUGAACGUCGUAUUGAUCGAGUUUGUCACUUCCAAAUUUUCCCCAUGGAUGGUGAGGUCUUCUGGUUUGAUAUAAUUUUGAGUGUUAAAUUAAUGUCCGGGAAUAUAAUCUUCAGUGGUUAGUUUUUACUUUUAUUCUGACCUUUUCUGACUCCCUUGCUCUCAUGCCUGUCUGCUCUUCAUUGCCCCUUCUUGAUGUCUGUUUUCAGUCUUUUUAGGCAUAAGAUUCCCUGUUUCUUAGCUACAUUUCUGAAAUUUCCUUUUACGUCAGUCAUGAGAACUCUGAUGGCAUUUAGACCUUUAGCUGAGACAGUGUUUCCCCUUGGGUUGUCUCUUGCAACACAGAGUUUGUCUUGAAAAGUUCCCAAGGAUUUAAAUAAUUUUGAAAUGGGUGUUGAAGGCUGUUGGGAAAAUUGGACACUCACAUGCACGUACAUGCACACACACACACACUCCUAUCUUCAUUGUCCCCGGGAUAUGGGGCGGUGAGAAAGCAGAGUUGAGUGCGUUGCCUUAAGGUGUGUGUUCUGUGCCCCACCCCAAUCUCAGGGAAAUGUCAUAUGAGAGGACAGCAUGCCCCUUGCAAAGGAAGAAUGAAGCUUCUGGGAUAGAGAUAAUGGGAACUGCAGAUGCUGGAGAUUCCAAGAUAAUAAAAUGUGAGGCUGGAUGAACACAGCAGGCCAAGCAGCAUCUUGAGAUGCUGCUUGGCCUGCUGUGUCCAUGAAGCUUCUGGCCUUGGAUUCUUGAAGCAGCUGCCCUGUUGGCUGCCGGGCAUAAUCCCUGGCAGGGCCACCGCUGAUUGGAAUAGUGACUGGCAAAGGGGUUUGUGUCUGGAGUGCAUGGGAUUGAUUUUUAUGAACACACAUAGGAUUUUGCCAGCUUGACUGUACAAAUGCCUUUCCUGCAAGAAUGUCAGGUCCCAGGCAAAGUGCAGCAAGAGGCAGGUAACUUGGUCAGGUUAAAGUUCUCACUGCAAUCUGGUUGACCAGCUUCUGAGAAGGACACUUGAAUACGCACAUGCAAAUGUUUCUUGUGGCUUCCCAACUGGUACUUGCAUUGGAUAUCAUUCGGACUUGACCUCUCAACUGCUGCUGUAUUCUUCAGACGCACUGUUAUUCAAAGGAUAUGUAUUUUUUAGUUUUCCGUUGUGAAGAGUAGGAACAUGAAUGUUUUGUUGGAGAAUUACCAUUAUAUUGACGUGUGGCAGUCGAUGCCUGCAAGAAGUUCCAAAGAUUCUUCAAAGCUGAAUGAAUGUAUAUUUUUAUAAUGCUAAAUUAAAAAUCAUUUUAAACUGG